AUGGGCUGGGCAGAAGGAGCUGGUGGUCGCCAAGCACUGUUUCUCGAAUGCUGGAACGGAGAUGCGGAAGUCUCACAAGGCCUGCUGCAGAGUCUGCUGUUCCGGAUUCUUUCUACCUGUCCCGAAAACAUCCCGUCCGUCUGCGCUGCGAGAUGGGCCCAGCAUACAGAUGAAGAUCAGGAAGCCGCAGGAUGGACGAGGAGGGAACUUUCAGAAGCGUUCACGGCAGUGCUGCAGCGAAGCCUAGAUACGCGAUUCCUCUUCUUCAUUGACGGUCUCGACGAGUACGUCGGCGGGUUCGAUGACUUGCUAGCGGACCUGCGAGCACUGACCGAUUCCCCACUGGCCAAGAUCUGCGUCUCCAGUCGUCCUUGGAACCCGUUCAAGGAAGCUUCCGGAUCUCGGCCGGAGCUGAUGUUGGUGCUGCAGGACCUCACCUCCACCGACAUCUACCGGUAUGUUCAGGCGAGCCUGCAGUCGAACCCCAGAUUCGUAGCGCUUGCUGCUCGGGAACCGAGGGCACACAACCUUCCGAAAGAGAUCCGGGACAAAGCUCAAGGUGUGUUUCUCUGGGUGUAUCUCGUAGUACGAUCUCUAUUGCGUGAGCUAGGAGAGCGCGAUAACUUUGCCAUGCUCGAGAAGAGGCUCCGGGACACGCCAGCAGAUCUCAAAGAGCUCUUCGUUCGUAUUCCUGGAGCCGUCGAGCCGGUUUACCGUGAGUGGUCUGCGCGUGCGCUGCUAAUCGCGACGGGCUCCGGCGAAGCAUUGCCAUUAGUCUUCUACUGGUUCCUGCAAGAAGACGCGGCCAGCCCAGAACUUGCGUUCAAGAGAGACACAAACGUUCUCCCUGAUUCUGAAGUUCCUGCCGUUGAAGAUGAAAGCAUGUUGAGGAUCAACUCAUGGACGAGAGACUUUCUAGAAUGCACUACGCUCGGAGUGCAGGGUCAGGCAGGAGACACUGAUCCACCGAUACUGCGCUCGAUGAAUGUUCGGAAAGUCGACUUUCUGCACCGCACAGUGCGAGACUUUCUCCUGGAACCCGAACGAACAGAGAUUCUGUUCGAGAGAGCCGGGGUGGGGUUCGACCCUUUCGUGGUCACCUGCCGAGUCUUCUUGAUCCUCGCGAAGGACCUCCGCCACCACGACGAGGUCUCCGCGGUUGCCCGACUGCGAGACCUCAUCCUCAUCCAUCUCGAGAGGACCACGACGAUCAACACCCGGAAACGUAUCCUGGCAGAAUUGAGCGUCCUAGGCAGGACUUUGCCCGGAGCCAAUCGAGAACGUUGGAGCCGACUCCUAAAUGAGAUGGACGAGCAGGGCGCGGCGAGGUCCCGCAAGUUGGAUGACGCUGGUAUGUCCCGCAUGUUGACCAGGACUGGGGAGGAGAUGGACGGAGAUGAGUUCUUCGAGAUGUCUCAGCGCUUCUAUCAAGGACGUUUGGCUCAGGGGACACUCAGCCGCAGAGCAAAUCCACAGCGUGCUCAGUUUCGGACCGACGAUUCUGCUCUUGCGAUGGGUGUCACUCCGACAUAUGCGAAGAGCAUGUCUGCCAGAUUUCGGGCUCUGCUGCGUUUGGACCGGGAGAAGAAGGGCUGA